CUCCACACCAGCACUGUUUAUACUGUUGAGCCGCUGCUUUCCUCAGUCACUGCGCCGCUGACAGCUCCUCCUCACUCUCGCGCUCUCUCUCUUGUUGCUCUUUCCACAUUUUUGCUCUUUUGACAUUUUCACCGGAUCCCUCACGCACUCCAGGUCACAAGCGCUGGGACCAAGCAGCAUAUCCGCAUCCGUCUCCUGGUCACAGAAGAGAUCUGAGAGAAGAAAAAGUCAUACAGGUUUGGAACAACAUGAGGAUUGCUGUUCACAGUUGAACCAAGAUGUCGCUGAAAGUCCAGACGAGCAACAUUACCAACAAAAAUGACCCCAAAUCUAUCAACUCACGCGUGUUUAUCGGCAACCUGAACACAGCGGUGGUGAAAAAGAGUGAUGUAGAGACGAUCUUCUCCAAAUACGGCCGUGUGUUGGGCUGCUCGGUUCACAAAGGCUACGCCUUCGUUCAGUACGCUAAUGAGAGACACGCUCGUGGAGCUGUCAUUGGAGAAAAUGGACGUGUGCUUGCUGGACAGACCCUCGAUAUUAACAUGGCAGGUGAACCCAAACCCAGCAGGCCUAAAGGACUAAAGAGAACUGCAGCAACAUUAUACAGCGGUUAUGAUUUUGACUAUGAUUACUACAGAGAUGACUUCUAUGACAGACUGUUUGAGUACCGAGGCAGAGUAUCUCCUGUGCCCAGAGUGGUUCCAGUAAAGCGCCCCCGUGUGGCAGUGCCGGUCGUCCGCAGGGUGAAGUCAUUACCUGUCAAACUCCUGACUAGAUCCACUAUCCUUCCCAACACCUCUGUCAAACACAAGUUGAAAUCAACCGAGCUGCAAGCUAUCAAAUCAGAACUGACACAGAUCAAGUCCAACAUCGACGCGCUGCUGGGACGCCUUGACCAGAUCACAGAGGACAAAUACUGUGCCACAGAGUUGCAGAAGGCAGAUGAAAUGAAGAGUGAACUGUCUCAGGACGAGUCAGGCUCAGAGUCAGAAGAACUGCAGCACAGUGAUGUGGAGGAGGGCGAGGAGCACACACACGAGGAUUGUGAUGAAGACAUGGAAAACAAUCACAUAUCUGAAAUGGAUUCCAUUCUUCAAUAAAAGCAGGGAGUUGGAUAACACUGUCGACUGGAAACUUUUUUAAUACACAGACUCAGCAGGAAGACACUGAAACCAACAGGUGCCGUCAAACUCCAGCAUCAGAUGUCAUUGAUACAGACAGCUAAACAAGCUGUUUGGUGGGAGAGAGGAGGGGGACGUCCCCUAAACCAGGAAUCCAUUACAAAAAGGCCACAGUUUCUGAGAUCAACAACAACACACACGCAACAACAGAAGAGGAUCAGGAGACAUUCUGCAUUCAUGCUCCCCACAAAACACAAUUAACAUGCAUUUUUCUACACAUUUGGGCACCUCAUAUGUAAAUAACCUCAUCCUAUUUCCGUUCCUCCUUCUUUCCUGUCUGUUUAUGCUUUUCCAGAAAUGUUUUUCAUUUUAUUUGUAUGCCAGUCGGAAUCAGAGUGGUUGGCUAUUUUUAAUUACAUGUGCAUAUUUCUUCUGCUUGCAUUUUCCAGACUGCAAGAGAUAUUUACAGAUGUAAAUAAACUGAUGACUUGU